AUGAUGCUGAAAAUCCUCAUUGUCAUUCAAGCAUUGAUUCAACCUCUCCACAAAGGAAUCACAGUCUUGUUAUCCCUCACCGUUUUUAUGCUCCUGGUGGCCGAAAUCAUGCCGGCCACGUCGGAUUCUGUGCCCUUAAUUGCUCAGUAUUUUGCCAGCACCAUGAUUAUUGUGGGUCUCUCGGUGGUGGUAACGGUCAUUGUCCUCCAAUAUCAUCACCACGACCCCGAAGGUGGGAAAAUGCCAAAGUGGACCAGAAUCAUCCUCCUCAACUGGUGCGCCUGGUUCCUGAGGAUGAAGAGGCCUGGGGAAGGCCGAGUGCGCCCGGCUUGCCAGCACAAACGCCGCUGCAGCAUUUCCAGCAUGGAGAUCAAUACGGUCAGCGGCCAGCAAUCCAGCAACGGGAAUAUGUUGUAUAUCGGCUUCCGAGGCGUCCACUGCACCCCGGCCACCGAUUCCGGGGUGAUCUGUGGAAGAAUGGCGUGUUCCCCCACGGACGAGGAGAACCUCCUUCACAACGGCCACUCUUCCGAGACGGACUCGGAUCUGGCCAAGAUCCUGGAGGAGAUCCGCUACAUCGCCAACCGCUUCCGAGACCAGGAUGAGGCUCAAGCGACUUGCAAUGAGUGGAAGUUUGCGGCCUCCGUGGUGGACCGGCUCUGUUUGAUGGCCUUCUCGGUCUUCACCAUCAUCUGCACCAUCGGCAUCCUCAUGUCGGCACCCAAUUUUGUGGAGGCGGUUUCGAAAGAUUUUGCUUGAGCCGUGCGCUUGGGCACUGCCCUUCGCCCCCAAAGUUUCUCCAAAUCUGUUAUGUAGCAAUAAUGUAUUUCAGGGCACUUGAUUCUAUUGGAUAUAUGGAUGCAAACUUUGCUUUUCUCUUUUCUUUCCUGGGGGAGGGGCACAGCGGAGGGUGGAGGUUCAGGCUGAUUAAGAACCUCAGUGAGGUAACGUGAGGGCUCCUCCAUCACUACCUGGCCUCACAGCUUUGGCGUCUGGAAUAAA